AUGAGAAUCGAGACAUUAGAGAAGCAUUUACUGGAAAUUCAAAAUUCUUUGGUCUCUUAUGUUACAAGAGUUGCUAAACUCCGAGAUAGUGGUGACAUAUUGGCCACUAAUAUCUUACAAUUUAUCGAAACUGAAAAAAUAAAUACCAGUUUGAAUGAUGGACUUACAAAUUUUGCCAAUUGUUUGAAUACUAUACAAGAUUAUAGAGAUGACCAUGUGAAAAAACUUGAAGAAAAAGCUGUGAACGAGUUAAGUGUUUACGGAGAGUCAACUAAAAAAGCUAAAGAUGACCUCAAAGUUAAUUCAAAUGCCCGGAGCAAACACUUAACAGAUAUGAAAGAAUCUAAAUUGCGUGAAAUGGUGAGGAGUUCGAGCUUUAAUGAAGUGUCCAAUAUAUUCAACACUUAUGAACUUCAAAUACAAAGAUUUGAAUUAAAAAAGAUUUGCGAUCUUAAGAAAAUAUUCCUCGAGUUCACCAAAAAUGAACUUUUAUUUCACGCAAAGAGUAUUGAGAUGUUAACCGAAGCUUAUAAGCAUAUAUUGAGUAUCGAUACGGAUCGAGAUUUACAACAAUUUUGUCAUUUCUUUAAUUUCACUCAAUUGAGUUCACCUCAACGCGAGGCCACCAAACUUCAAAAUGAAGACCAAAUGCAAACACUAUCACCUUUGAGACGAUUUGCAUCAGAACCGACAGUUAAUUAA